UCAAAGGGGAGAACGAUCAUGGAGCUGCUCCUGUGGCUCUGGUCCCAGCUUCGAUCCUGCGGGAACAACCUCCCAGCACUGGGCAUAGCCCUCACAGUCUUCGCUCUGCUAUUUGAUUUCCUGAAGCGCAGGAAGAGCUGGAGUCGCUACCCGCCAGGGCCGACCUCUCUGCCUUUCAUUGGGACCAUGUUGCAGAUCGAUUUCCACAACCCGCACCUCUCCUUUACCCAGCUGAGUAAAAAAUAUGGAAAUGUCUUUAGCCUUCAGAACUGCUGGAGUAAUCUGAUAGUAGUGAAUGGAUUCAAAGCAGUAAAGGAAGCAUUGGUCCAGAAAUCAGAGGACUUUGCUGACCGACCAUACUUUCCUAUACAUGAGCACUUGGGUUACGGAGAGACCUCCGAAGGUCGUCCUUUUGAUCCACAUUUUCUUAUAAACAACGCAGUUAGCAAUGUGAUCUGCUCCCUUAUCUAUGGCAAGCGCUUUGACUAUGACAAUAAGAAAUUUCAGAGGUUACUGCAUUUGUUUGAACAGGCCUUGAAUGAAGAAACUGGAUUCCUGUCCCAGCUCCUUGUCGUAGUACCUUGGCUGCUGCACAUCCCUGGAGUGCCACAAAGCAUCUUCAGAUCCCAAAAGGAGGUCCUGGACUUCACAGAUGAGCUUGUGAAGGAGCACAGGACGACCUGGAAUCUUACCCAAAAGAGAGACUUCACUGAUGCUUUUCUACAGGAGAUAGAGAAGGCCAAAGAGCAUACGGGGAGCAGUUUCAAUGACAAGAACCUUCAUAUGGUAACAAUUGACUUGUUUACCGCUGGCACUGAGACCACCUCCACCACCCUGCGCUGGGCAUUGCUGUACAUGCUUCUCCAUCCUGACAUCCAGUGUAAAGUCCAUGAGGAAAUUGACAAGGUGAUUGGCAGGGACAGGUCACCCCAGAUGGAGGACCUAGUGAACAUGCCUUAUACCAAUGCUGUGAUCCAUGAAAUUCAACGUUAUGGGGAUAUCACUCCUGUUGGAGUGCCUCACAUGACAUACCGGGACACCGAGCUCCAAGGCUUCUUCAUUCCAAAGGGGAUGACAGUCAUCAUUAACUUGUCCUCGGUGCUGAAGGAUGAAUUGGUUUGGGAGAAGCCGCACCAGUUCUACCCGGAGCACUUCCUGGAUGCAGCUGGGCAGUUUGUGAAGCGAGAGGCCUUCCUGCCUUUCUCUAUAGGUCGUCGUGCUUGCCUGGGGGAACAACUGGCCAGGAUGGAGCUCUUCCUCUUCUUCACCAGCCUCCUGCAGCAUUUCACCUUCCAUCUCCCUGAGGGCCAGGCCAGGCCUCGAGAGGAUGGACAUUUUGCUGCGACACUCACCCCACACCCCUACCAGAUCCAGGCUGUGCCAAGAUAA